AAAGUUCAUGAAAUAUAUCCUUUUAUCAUUACUUCUUCUCGCGUCUCUUCUCUCUCUCUCGGUCUCUCUAUUUCUUGAUCUCUCUGCUUCAUCGGGAAAACAGACAAAACAUGUCUAAAGUUACCACAGAGCUCGACUUCUUCGGUCUUGACAAGAAUCAGACCAAUAACGCUCCAAAGCCCAAGUUCAAGAAAACUCUCGACCGUCGUCGCAGUUUCCGAGAAAUGCAAGGUGCGAUAUCUAAGAUAGAUCCGGAGAUUAUCAAAUCACUGUUGGCUUCUGGUGCUAACCGUUCCGAGUCAUCCACCAGAUCGCUUUCUGUUCCAUCUACUCCUAAGGAGGAUCAUCCUCAAAUACCGUCUUCUCCUGUCCACGUGCCUCUUUCCAGGCCUAGUAUGGAACUUGUCUCUGGAACUGUUCCUAUGACCAUUUUCUACAAUGGAACCGUCUCCGUUUUCCAAGUGUCUCCUAACAAGGCUGAGGAUAUUUUGAAGGUUGCCAUGGAGACAACACCAGAGAAAAACAAAUCGAUGGAGAAAGAUCUUUCGGUAAUCCCUCCGACCACCCUAAGGUCAAAGCUCUUUGGCAAGAAUCUAGAAGGAGAUCUUCCCAUCGCAAGGAGAAAGUCACUACAAAGGUUUCUUGAGAAGCGCAAGGAGAGGUAAUUGCUCUCCUACCUUCCAAGGAUUAACCCCAAAGCAAUUAAACUAAAAGAUUAGUAUCAACAUGUCCUUACUUUCCAACAUCAGCCUAAAACGAAACUCUUUAUCUUUUUUCUUUUUUUGACUGGGACGUGAAACCAAACCAGUUCAUCCUGCAUUUGGCUUCUCCCCAAAUCUUUUGGAAUGUCACUGCACAGCUUUAGUAUAUUACGUUUCUUUCUUAAGAAUAUACAGUAUCUUAUCUGAGUAUGUUGCCAUCUUCUUAAAUGAUUAUUAUUAUCCCUAAUGU